AUGGCUAGGGAUAGAACUCCACCCUCAACAACCACUAACAAAUUGAAAACGUCUACCAUGCCAGUUUUGCAAAUGAGGCCGAAACGAGGCGUUCUUGACGAUUAUACCGUAUUUGUGAAUACCGAGAAGAGAAAGCUACUAACUGCUGAUCCCAAAAUGGAUCCAACCGAGUUAGCCCUUAAAAUAGCUAGAAAGUAUAAAAUGUUAUGUGAUCGCAAGAAUACCACGUUUACGAACUAUCGCAUUGGCAAAGCUCAACCUCCGAAACGAUUUGUGGAUGAAAACAUGCAUAGUUCUGGAGGCGGCUUUUCUUCCCCGGUUGAACAUAAUGCAGAAAACACAGAUACUAACAGAAAACGAUCCAAUAGAGAUUCUAGUUGUGGAGUAUCAGCCAAUGUAGCAGCUGCACUCGGAAUAUCAAUGAGCGACUGUAAGCCGCAGGUUGAGUCUAAAGUCAGUAACUCACCUCGGUCGGAAGUCUAUACGAGACCUACUCCCAAAGCAUUAUCGGCAAUAAAGGGGGUUUCUCUACCUCAAGCUUCAGUACUUCGCAAAAUUGACUAUAAUAAAAAUAUUAUAAAAACUGAAGGUGAAGCUUCGAAAGUUACGCUCCGUACUGGGGAUAAUAAAUUAGAAAAGACUCCUGCAAAAACUCCAACUCUGAGUAAGAUGGAGAACUUGCAAAUGUUCUACCUAGCAUGUUGUGAACCAGCUUUUCCACCAACAGGAUAUGUUCCCGAUAUGACACAUUCCGCAAAUUUCUAUUAUGACUGUUAUACUGGAAUGAAAUCUAAGGAGCUUCAAUCGCGCUUAUGA